GCUACAAGAACUUCUGAGGGAAGCCUCCCCUUCUCUCCACCUAAAAACGAAGCUUUUCGGUGUCUCUCGGUCUUCGAAAUUUUUUUUUUCCCGAGAAUAUUUUGAAGGUUUUGGAUAAUUUGAGCUAUAGAUCGAGGAGAGGGAGAAGAGAAGGAGAGAGGUAGAGGAGAGAUCGAUCAUGGGACAGGCUUUUCGGAAGCUCUUCGACACCUUCUUCGGCAACAAAGAAAUGAGGGUUGUGAUGCUUGGACUAGAUGCGGCGGGUAAAACUACUAUUUUGUACAAGUUGCACAUUGGAGAAGUUUUAUCAACAGUUCCAACAAUUGAAAGGUGCAAUGACCCCCAUGGAAGUGUGUGAGGGGCUUGGUCUGUAUGACCUGAGGAACCGGAUAUGGCAUAUCCAAGGGACUUGUGCUCUUAGAGGUGAUGGCCUCUAUGAGGGUUUGGAUUGGCUGGCCGGUACUUUGAAGGAACUUCAAGCUUCAGGACGUGCUACCUCAGUGGGCACCUCAUCAUUCUGAACCCAAAAGGGUUUCGGUUAUUGGGCCACAGACCACGCUUUGCUGAGGUCAACUGAGUUAGAUCUGAUCCCUCCCCAUGGUUUUAACUGCUGCUACUUUUCAGUAAUCUCCUAUUACCAGCCUCAAAACCUUUACUUGUGGGGAGCCAUACUCCAUGUAAAUACUGUUGACUGGUGUGGGAUACAUGGCAUGGGAUUUUUCCACUGCCCAUUUGUUGUGUAGUAUAGAUAUUAAAAUAAAAAUAGGAUAUUGUGGGCAGAAGCCUGGAUUCAUGUAUUGUGGUGUGUGAACGGUUGUGUAUUGUUUUUUGGCCUUGUCGGUCAUCGGCAAAGAGCGCUCGAGGGGAUGAUAUAUGUUGUACGUUAAAGAAAUCCCGUUUCAGCUAGCCCCUUUAUUU